AUCAACCUAAGCCAAACCCCUCGGAGCAUUAGUGCCGGUCGCCGUGAAGAUGGACACAAAGGAGCGCCGGCACCGCUCCCUGACCCGGGGCCGCUGCAGGAAGGACUUCCACCAUGCAACGGAGUCCCUGGAGCCCGAGGAGUGCCGCGUGGCCACCCAGAAGUCCUACAGCUCCAGCGAGACGCUCAAGGCCUACGACCACGGCACGCGCCUACGCUACGGGGGCUGUGUGGCAGAGCUGGUGCAUCACGAACACGAGGAGUACGUCCGCCAAGCCUACGUGGAGCUGGCCCCCAUCGGCAUCAGCUAUUUCCUGUCAGGUAUGCACUACACAGGGAGCUUCACACUGGCGGAGCUGGGAGUGAGUGACCAACAGGCCCAGCACCAGCACCAGACCCAGCACCAGCACCAGGCUGCCUACCACUCCUCCCACUCGGAGCUGGGCCUGCUUCAGCUGGGCUACUCCCUCAGCGCCGGCUCUGACGCAGACUCUGACCCGGAGGAGGUCAUGUCGCCGGAGCGUGCCGUCCAGCUGUGGGGGGGUCAUGGGAUCAAGUCCCAUCGCAGCUCUGGCCUCUUCAGCAGGGAAAACUCAGCCCUCACACUCACCGACUCAGACAACGAACACCAGUCUGACGACGAGUCAGAACUGCAGCUAUGGAUCCGUAUCCUUUGCCCUCUGAGCAGCCCGGGUCCCAGCUGUGCAGCUCUGUUGAACCAGGAAGUCACCCAGGUGGGAGAGGAUGGAGAGCAGGAAGCCAGCAUGUCCGCCUGGAGCCCAGUUCUCCACUGA